GUCAUCACAAUCAGUCGUGCCCACAUUUUCUCUUUCAUCGCAUCUUAUGUUGUUCAAAAUGCAAUACUUCUUCAUUUUCUUGUUGUGUUUCGUCAAAUUGUGUGCAUCGAACGAUUUAAAGUGUGGUCGUUCUGAUGAAAAAGUGGAAUCAAUUGAGUUUUACUGUGACAACUUUGCAGGAAUAUUCCCUGGGAAUUGUACGACGUCUUUUCUGAAUUGGAUUAACACCAGCGAUAAAUCAGCGGUGACAGCGGUGAAAGUUGGCGGUUGUGAUCCAAACAUAGUCUCGCAGCUUCUCGCCGACUUUAUAAAUGUUCGUUCAUUGGACAUAUCAUACUCUGAAUAUGUCUCAUUGGAUCGGUUUGGGUUAAAGCAUGACAAUUUAGUCAAAGUCAAUGCAUCACACAAUCAAUUGACGCAAAUUCCGAGGAAAUUCUUCGCCGACUUACCAAACGUUGUUGAGGUUGACUUUUCCCACAAUGAUCUCGAAGGUCACAUCGAACUACCGUAUGGUGUAUUGUCGGUACAUCUUGCCAACAACAACAUAUCACGCACGGAAUUCUGCGAAUAUUUAGAAGAAUUGGAGUACUUGGACUUGAGUGCGAAUUCGAUUAAAUAUCUACGCACCAAUUCAAUUACGUCGAUGUCAUUGAAAACGCUGCGAUUAGAGGAAAAUCCUCUUGAAUACAUUCAAUGUGCGAUUCUAUUUUUGGUCGAACAAGGUGGGUCUGUGUAUGUUUCAUGGAAGAAUGUUAAGUAUUUUACAUUCGAAUGUAUGGAAGAGCCGAUGACAAUUACUAUCGACGGUAAAAAUGAAGGAACUUUCCGCUCAUCAAAUGGUAACAUCGAACUGCAAUGCGGGGAAUCAAGUUUGGAAAAUAUUCACACCUUUGAAAUGAACGGAAACCACAUAAAAAAUGCAGCCGGGGUGUUACAUUGUCUAACGUCAUCGCUUGUCAAAUUGGAUUUGGCCGAAACCAAUUCGGGGACACUCAAUUCGAAUGUGCUUCACCGUUUUUACAAUUUGGAAGAAUUGAAGUUAAAUAAUGCGAAAUUGUCACCCGAAUUUGAUUUCAGUUGGAUCAAAAAUUGUAAACACAUCCGAUGGAUAAAUAUUGCUGAAAAUAAUCUGAAAAUCAUAAGGAACGCUGCAGUUUUAUCGUCUUUUGGGGAGUUAUUCAGUUUGCACAUCGAAGGAAACCAAUUGGAAAAUACACUGGAGUUGAUUGAACACUUGACGCCAUCGGUUCAUUAUUUGCAUUUGUCGGGGAAUUACAUUGGAGAAGUGAACGACACGACAUUCGAAAUGCUUACUAAUUUACAAAAUUUAUAUUUGGACAACACAAAUCUUUUACUCGCCACGACAGGCCCCUUUAAAAUGCUGAGGAAACUCGAAGCAAUUGACGUCGGUUAUAAUAAUAUACCGUCUUUAGAUCUGACUUUAAUGCCCGGUGAACAGAUUUGGUCACUAAACUUGAAAGGAAACAAUUUGACGACAUUGGACCAUAUCACACGAACUCGGUUUCCAAAGCUUAAAUUUUUAGACAUUUCUUAUAAUUUGUUUUCAUGCGAAUUUUUAGAAACAUUUUUGAAAGAAUUAAAAAGCGAAUUUCCCACACUGAUGCUCAACGAUCCAUGGACACAAAAACAUGGAGAACACUGUAAGUCGGGAGAAUAAAUUGUCGUAGUGACAACCACCUCUUGAAGAUAAUAUGGAGAAACAAAAAACGGAUUAAUAAGGAUGAAUGAUGAAUUUCUAGAUAUAUAUUCACUAAACUCGGUGCAUUCAAUUUUUUGUAUAUU